CCGCCGCCACCGCCCACCGCGCCCACCGCACCCGUGCUCGCCAGCCUCGCCAUCUUCACGUGCCAAACCUCCGUUGACGGCACUUUUCGCACAUCUGAGGGAAGCGGCAGAUCUGACGUGACGGCAUGGCUGCCACUAACGGCGAGCAGCCAGCAGCAGAAGGCCAGGAUGACUUCCUCAAGCGCCUGCCCGCGGGCACCGUGCUGCCGCCGCGCGGAGUCAGAGAAAAGAUCGAAAAGGUAGCAGCAUAUGUCGCGCGAAGUGGCCAAAGUUUCGAGGACAAUGUCCGCCGAAAAAAUGCUGGCACCAACAUCACCCACUUUCUCGAGCCCGAAGACGAGUACAACCCCUACUACAAAUGGCGCGUUGCCGAGUGCAAGGCUGGACGGAGUCUCGAUGCCAGCGCGCCCGCUGCAAAAACCGAUGUCACCUUCCAAGGCCGCGAGUCGAGAGCGCCGAAGGCGCCCGAGGAGUUCAAGUUCAGUGCCCGUAUGCCCAAUAUCAGCGCGCAGGAUCUGGACAUUGUCAAGUUGACUGCGCUGUAUGCGGCGAAGAAUGGCAAGAGCUGGGUGACGCAUCUCAGUCAGCGCGAAGCUGGCAACUACCAGUUUGACUUUCUUCGUCCUCAGCAUUCGCUGAACAUGUACUUCAGCCGCCUGGUCGAUCAGUAUAAGGACCUGAUUGAGGGCGAGACGGUCGACAGCGGUGCGCCGGAGAAGAAGCGCAUCGAGGAGCUGCAGGCGAACGUGGACAACCGCUUCAACCUACUGGAGAGGGCGAAGAAGCGGGCAGAGUACGUCAAGUAUCAGGAGAAGCAGCGGGAGGAGAAGGAAGAGAAGGCCGAGAAGGACCGCAUUGCCUUUGCACAAAUCGACUGGCACGACUUCAGUGUCAUUGCUACCAUCACAUUCGAUGAGCGUGAUGAAGCUGCAGAUAUGCCUCCGCCAAAGUCGCUGAACGACAUGCUCUCGCUCAGUCUGGAGGAAAAGGCAAAUAUGCGCAUCGACCCAAACAGAAGACUGGAGGAGGCCGUGCCCGACUUCAACGACUACUCUGCCAUUUACGGGCAGCAACCGCAGUUUCCCGCAGCACAGAUGCCACCUCCACAGGGGUACGCGCCGUCGCCAGUACAGCCAACCCCACCUCCAGGAUCUGCGUAUCAACCUCCUCCUACGCCUUCGCUCAACGAAGAACGCGAGAAUGCCCGUGCAGCUAUUCGUGCUUCGCAAGCGCAGCCUACACGUGUUCGGACCGAUUACGUUCCACGAGCGCAACAGCGGAACCAGCUACAGAAUACCUCCAUCUGUCCGAACUGCAAGCUGGCUAUUCCCAACGACGAGAUUGCCGAGCACAUGCGUAUCGAACAGCUGGAUCCGCGAUGGCGUGAACAGUUUGGCAAGAACCAACAGCGCUCUUCUACAACGAAUCUGUCCACGGCCGAUGUUGCGAACAACUUGAAGCGGCUGGCGUCUCAGCGCACAGAUCUAUUCGACCCCAUCACCGGACAAGCGAUCAGUGAAGAAGAAAAGGAGAGGAGGAAGCGCGCGGAAUUACAAAGCUACGACGGAGUCAGCCAGGUCCCGAACGCAGCGAUGGGGCAGGCUCCGCCAGGAGUCUACCCACCUGGUGCGCCAGGCACGAAUGUGAACGAGCAGAUUAGGCAGCUGCAUGAGAAGUACAGUCAACGGUGAAGGAGCUUCGCCUGUAAGUGAUGCAUUUCGUGCAAGAUGAUAGAGGCGGGGCUGCGCGUUGCUUGGUCCCGAAGUGGUCGGAACAUUCGUUUCGCUCGCUCGUUAUCACGCACCCGCGUAAUGCUGUCGCGUACGCGAACAUCGUCCAGAUGCGAGGACAUCGAGACGACAAACGGGACAAGAUGCUCAGUGGACCAGCGACUGCUUCCAUCCUGGCUUCGCUGUGCUCAGCGAUCGCGAGUCAUUCAGCUCAACUGCCGAAUUUCAGCCGCCAACACACAAGUUGUGCAUGAUGGCCGGCUCCGACCCAGCUACCACAAGACACCAUCAUCGCACAGGUCUCAUUCGAGACCGAUUGCUGCCCGGUCAGCUUGCAGACUGCGACCCACGCAUAGCAGGCACGGCUCACGACCAAGAAGACGCUGAGCAUAGCGGGCGAGGGCUUUCCGUCUAACCAAAAAUCCAGCUUCAAUGCUGAGUACUGUUAAAGGCAAAGUAUGUAUGCACCUGUAAUGAGAAAAAUGAAAAUUGUGCUAUACAUGUUCAUCAGGAAACGAGAAUUGCAUGGUUGCUCAUAUAUCUAAGUAACUGAAUACGUUGGCGUUCCCUUUAUUUACAGUUGGAGAGGAAAUUCAAACUUGUUGUAUAUGAAAGCC